AUUCAUUGCUAAUAGCACCAGCAAAAAUGAGUUGUGGCGUAUUGUUAGCUCUGGUGACUAUCUUUCUUCAGUCCAGCAUCAGUAUCACUGGUGCUGAUGCAUCUGAGCAAACCUACAUUGUGCAUAUGAAACAUUACCAAAAACCUGAUCAUGUCGAAACUCAUCACGCCUGGUAUUCUUCCAACCUUCAAUCCCUCUCCUCCUCCGCCACUCUCCUUUACACCUACACCACCACCUACCAUGGUUUUUCUGCAUCUCUUAGCCUCCAAGAAGCCCAACAACUUCGUCAAUACGACUCUGUUAUUGACAUUCAGGAAGAGUCAGUCUACGCCUUGCACACCACUCGGACGCCAGAGUUCCUUGGCCUAGACAGAGAAGUGGAUUUGUGGGCAGGCUAUAGUUUCCAAGAACUCAACAAGGCCUCACAGGAUAUUAUUAUAGGUGUUUUAGAUUCUGGUGUUUGGUCUGAAUCAGAGAGCUUUGCUGACAAUGGAAUGCCAGGAGUACCAUCAAGAUGGCGAGGAGAAUGCGAAUCAGGCCCUGAUUUUCACCAGAGUUCAUGCAACAAGAAAUUAAUUGGAGCCCGGAUGUUUUCUAAAGGCUACGAAAAGGAAAUGGGAAAGAGAGCUAAAGAAACUAUUUCACCGCGGGAUAGGACCAGUCACGGGACGCAUACUGCCAGCAUAGCAGCCGGAUCCCCUGUGGCCAACGCUAGUAUGUUUGGCUAUGCGAAUGGGACAGCACGCGGGAUUGCAAGUCAUGCUCGAGUUGCCACCUAUAAAGUAUGCUGGGAAUCCCGUUGUUUAGGCUCUGAUGUACUUGCAGGGAUGGAGAGUGCAAUGAAUGAUGGUGUCAACGUGCUGUCGAUAUCCAUUGGUGGCCCGUCAGGUCCUUAUUACAGCAACUCCAUAGCCAUCGCAGCGUUUACAGCAAUGGAAAAGGGGAUUUUUGUGUCCACUUCAGUUGGAAAUGACGGUCCGGCUCAGUCCUCAUUGUUUAAUGUGGCACCGUGGUUAAUGACAGUAGGAGCUGGAACUAUAGACCGGGAUUUCCCUGCCUAUGUAGUUUUGGGGGAUGGUCGUCGCCUCUAUGGGGUUUCCAUAUCAGGGGGGACUGGCAUUGGGGGCAAACCUGUGGGGAUUUUUUAUAAUAAAGGUAGGAAUAGUUCAAAUUUGUGUUUAGCUGGUUCACUUGAUCCAGACUUGGUACGCGGGAAAGUGGUUGUUUGUGAUCGUGCAGUUAACAAGCGUGUGGAGAAGGGUGAGGCGGUGAAGAAUGCUGGAGGAGUGGGAAUGAUAUUGGCUAACACUGCUGAGAAUUGCGAGGACCUGCAGACUGACAGCCAUGUUAUACCGACAGUAGCCGUGGGACAGAAAAUGGGGGAUGUUAUAAGGGAGUAUUUGAGGAAAGUUAAGAAUCCUACAGCAACUUUGGUCUUCGGUGGGACGGUUUUGGGAGUGAGGCCUUCACCACUGGUGGCUCCAUUCAGCUCCCGCGGGCCUAAUGUAGUGACACCGCAGAUUUUGAAGCCUGACGUGAUCGGACCUGGAGUUAGCAUACUGGCUGCAUCGUCGGAGGCUGUUGGGCCAUCUGUGUUGGAUUCUGAUACUCGGAGGACAAAGUACCGCAUUAUGUCAGGCACAUCAAUGUCUUGUCCUCAUAUCAGCGGGGUAGCAGCGUUGCUGAAAGCAGGACAUCCAGAUUGGAGUACGAGUGCAAUCAAAUCUGCUCUCAUGACCACUGCCUACACGCGAGACAACACUGAGUCCCCAUUCCGCAAUGCAGAAACAGGCAACAAGUCGAAUCCAUGGGCAUACGGGUCAGGUUACGUUGACCCUUACAAGGCCAUGUCUCCAGGCCUCGUAUAUGACUCGUCACCUGAAGACUACAUUGCAUUCCUCUGCUCACUAGACUAUAGCAUUGCUCAAAUUCAAUCAAUAGCGAAGCACUCAAACAUUACAUGUUCUAAGAGACUCUCUGAUCCGGGACAGUUAAACUACCCAUCGUUCUCUGUCAUUUUCGGUAAAUCAAGAGUUGUACACUACACUCGUGAGCUGACCAAUGUUGGAGCUGCUGGAUCAGCCUACGAGGUUGUUGUCGAUGCACCCUCUGUCAUAGACAUGACCGUGAAUCCCAGUAAGCUUGUUUUCAAAAAUGUAGGAGAUAAGCACCAAUACACUAUUACAUUCAGGACGAAAAAGGUCAUAAUCGAGGCAGGGAAAAGUGCAUUUGGUUCUAUCAGCUGGAACAAUGCCAAACACCAAGUUAGCAGUCCAGUUGCUUUCUCAUGGACGCGUGAUUAAGAUAUGUGGUUGCUUAUCCAGUCCAUUGUGAUGGCUUUCUACUUGUUUGUUUUGCAUCAAAGAAAGCUCUGAAGACCCCUUCUUUUGCUAUGUUAUAUUUUUUGUGAUUAUCUACGUUGUCCCGACUCUUCAUUUUGUCUCGAGUACCCGUGUUGGACAUUUGAU